AUGGAUCAAUCUGUGGGUAGCGAUGCAGGUUUUUCUUUGGUUGGUCUCGGUGAUGUAAUGCCUACAGCAGUCGAUGUGUCACAAUCUGGAAUACCAGCAGAGACUGAUCUUUUUGGAGGGGAUGAUGAUUUGGGAGCUUGGUUAGAAAGGAUUGCUGAACGUCCUGCAGACCCUCCCAUUACAGAGCGCUUGCAACCUGAUCGAGCUCAGGAGCUGCCCAUGGCUACAGGUUCAGUUGAGUACGGGGUUGACAGAUGCUUGAAAUCCUUAAGUCCUUCUAUGCCCAAGUUUUUCUGGGAAGAAGACCCUUUUCUGAAGACCAUUUUCUGCAAGGACGAUGCGAACACAAGUCUCUUCAAGAGGCCACAGACUGAUUUUGAUUUGACUGUAUCAGCGCCUUCCGAUGUGUGGACGAUGCUGAAACGUCCAAAGCAGGUACUGACAACUGGCAUAUGUGAACAAGUCAUCAAGCACGUUGAGAUGAAGGAUGAAGCUGAUAAACGCACAAGCGUAAUCUCAAACUGGUCGAGCCUGGUUUGCAUCAACCUCGACGCCUUUGCUCUGGGAGACACGUUGGAUGCGUCUGGUGACACAGUGACGCACGCUGUUGUGAACUCCAGCCUGAGAGCGUGUUUUGCGCAGAAGGCCACUAGCACCCUUAGCAAGAGGUUCUAUGCGGUCAACAGGUUUGUGAACUUUUGCUGCAGAAACGGCCUACAAUUUUUCCCUUUGAGGGAGCACGUGGUUUUCCAAUUUUUGCAGGCGAUGGUUGCUGAUGAGCGUACUGCUCCCUCUGCUGGGCCGUCGCUUCUUGAGGCCUUAAGGUUUUGCAGGAGUGUACUUGGGCUGAAAGGAGACAUGGCAGAGUUGGGCACGAUGCGUGUGGACGGCUUGGCAGUUGAGCUUGGUCGACGUGCAGGGCCGAUAACAAGCGCAACCCUUGACAGUUCAGCAAGUCAUGACAUCAAGGACAAAGUCGUGUUUGGAGGUUUGCUGGUUUUGCUUUACUCAUGUGGAAGAUUCUCUGAUGGGCAAAGGGCUGUAUCAAUGAUUUUGGACACCGACCUUGAGAGAAUUGACUCUGGGUCAUUGGACGCUCAGGGCUAUGUGGAACUGCAGGUCUUAGGCCACAAGAGUGCACGUAGUGAGACACUCAAACGCAUGGUGCUGCCCUUGGUUGCGCCCAUCUUUUCACUGUCUAGCGCUCACUGGUUUCGGAGCUGGAUUCAUGCCAGAGAGAUCUUGGGUCUGCCCGUGCAGGGCAGGCUCAAUUACCCAUUUAUAUGCAGGUUUGACAUUCAGGGCAAAGCCAUAGCGGAGGAAAUCACAUCUGCUGAGGCAAGCGCUUUGCUGCGGAGGGCCCUGAAGAUCCCAGAGCAAGAGCGUGCCUUGAUUAGGAGUCACAGCUUGAAAUGCACGCCAUUGUCGUGGAGUUGCAAGUAUGGCACUGACCUGCCGACGCGAAGGUUGUUGGGGCACCACUUGGAUCCACAUGCAAUUUCACCAGAGACCUACGGGCGCGAUUCAAUGGGGCCCGCUGUGCGCUGUCUGGAGUCAACACUUAGGGACAUCAAAGCAGGUGAAUUCAGACCUGAUGAGACGCGAUCUGGACGGUUUGUGAGGGCAGCUCAAAGUGAAAUUGCCCAGACAGAGGCUGAGCCUGGUGGUGACACAGAUUCUGAUAGCGACUUCGUUCCAAGCAGCAGUGAUUCCGAGUCAAGCGAUGAGGACCCAUUUGGACGUCCUUCUGAGGCGAGUUUGCUUUGGCAUCUUGUACUUCCUGACCUGAGGGCUGACAAGGAAUUGUGGACACGCGUGGCCGAUGAAGUUCGUUCAGAGUUGAGGCCUGACGGUGAUGGCAAAUUGCCAGUUGACAAAGCGUUGGAUAAGCUUUACAUGUCUCCCUCCGUGCUCUUUCACCUCCUCCCCUUGCCUACAACUGCUGCUGCGGGACCACCAAAAAGGAAGGUUCAAGAGGCUGAAGCUGAGCCGCAAAAAACUGAGCCGACGGGCAAGGGCAGUGGGCCUGCUGGCAAGGGCAACAAGAACAGACUGGCCGACAACAAUUUUUUUCCUAAAGGAGCUCGCCUUCUCAAGCUGUGGAAUGACCAGAUGGGGAAGGAGGAGCAGGACCUUUUUGCCGAGAUUGGAAUACCAGUGCCGCCACUGGACUACAUUCAACAGGCGUGUCAGCUUGUGCACCCGGAAUUGAGGGAUGUGAAGCUUUCUGAAGGUUUGGAAAAAGUAGUGCAAAUGUUGGGCAACAGUGGAGGCAUGGCGCUCAGACGGGCGCGUAUUAGCUGGACAAGCUCUGUGGUUGACUUGGCGCGUCAAUGUGCACAAGCAGAAAAACAAAUGGUUGAGAACAGACCCAGCCACCUUGUCAGUGUCUUGAAGGGUAAAAGGUUUGCAACACUUCACGCCGCUUUGCAAAAAGUUGCUUACGAGGAUGCUGAUGUAGCUCUGGAGGCCAACCAGGGCUUCCCUUUGGCUGGUUGGAUGAAAAGGGAGAUCAAGGCAGUGGAUGACGAUGCAUUGUUUUUAUUUGUCGAUGGGGCUUGUGAGCCGUGUUCUGACAUAGCGGGCGGUUCAGUCACCUCAGUGGGCGCAGUUUUGGUGGAUAGCCGCGGGAAUGGCCUCUUCUGUUUUGGUACAACGCUGCCUGAAGAAGUCACCAGACUUUGGGGUGGAGGUCGCAGGACCCAGCUUGUUUUUGAAGCAGAGAUCUUGCCAUACCGAUUGGCCUUGGAAUGCUGGUCAGAUGCCCUGGCAGGGCGUUUUCUGCUU